ACUUCAAUCAGGGAGUUGGCUCUCUGCUUUCUGUAAGGGGACAAGGAAUUCUAUCAUGGACCAGAGAUGAUAAUUUUGUUGUGGAGGAUAGAGCAACAACCAGUCAUGAGGCGUCUUUUCUGUCCCUUAAUCUACACCUUCUUGCGGAACAACUUUCAAAAGUAGAUUUGUCACAAAGGCUCUUCAUUGAACAAGACUGUUUACCGCCAGAGCUGUGCACAGAAGAAAUACAAACAAGCUUCAAUCGGGAAUCUGACCAAGUACAAGUUGCAUGCCAAAGUGAAGUAGUGGUGAUAAAUUCUGAUGAAUUAGUUGAUAAGAUGGAGGAUCACAUUAGUGACUUUAUGUCACCCAACUCUUCUGCCAUUUACGAUUCAGUUUCAACCUCAUUUAAUAAAGGAUUGAAGUCAACGGAUCCAAUUAAGGAUAAACAAAGUCAAUCCAGGGGAACUGGUGAAAGUACAGUGCAGUAUAGAGCACAAUCAAAGGGCAUUUCUGUUGCAAACCCAAAUGAGAAAUCAUCUAGAUUUGAGGCAGCAGCUGCUGAAGCAGACCUCGAUUUCCUUCUUGACUUGGGCAAUGAAAAGAACUGCCUUGAUUCCUCUGGUGUCAAAAAAACGUCUACGGACACAUUUUCAGUUGAAAAACAAGGAACUUCGUCAAGGUUGGAUGCAUCCAAAGCCGCUUCAGUGACCACCCAUUUUGAUGAUGCCCUUGAUGAUUUACUGAAGGAAACAUCCUCCGGUGGUAGAUUUUCAGUUCAUCAACAAGAAACUUCAACUUCACUAUUAGGAGGAAAUCCAUAUGUUCAUUCAGCUCCUGCUCAACAUUUGAGGAAAGGACCUGAUUUAUCUAAAUCAGCUUCAGUUACAGCCAACUUUGAUGAUGCCCUUGAUGAUCUACUCAAGGAAACAUCCAAUCCAACAAAUCAAAAGGACACAUCACAGUCCCAUGAGGUAAGGGUUGCCCAUCGUAAUACUAUGUCUUCUUCCUCUGGCCCUGUUUUGAAGUCUAAAGUAUUAGAUGAUUUUGAUUCAUGGUUUGAUUCUGUAAGCUAAAAAUCUUGGCUGUGAAGCGUCAUUUGUUGUUUUUUAAUCUGUCUUUUAACUCUUCUAACAUUUCCAUAUGAGCUGUUCUAUACCCCACAAAUUACAGUGAGCAAGAACCUGACUCUGGACAAACAUGGACCAGUGAGGAACUACAUUUUACCCAGUACAUUUUUCAUUUUUGGUUGACGGAUAUGUUUAUCAAAUAUUUUCUUAUUGUGUAUUGGUAUUCAAAUCAGCAUGCCGAAAAAAUGAAAUGAGGAUUUCACGAUUGUUAUGUAUGUGAGCAUGGCCUUGAAUA